AUGGCAGUUCCCGGCGGCCGCAACGGCCUCAAGGACGAGGACGGCGACAUGGCCGAACACGCCGAGGCCUUCAGCGGCGCCUCCGACGAUGAGGAUGUGCCUCCCCACCUUCGCGCCCUCGCCAGCGCCGCCCAGACCGGUGACGUCGCCGCCCUCGUGGCCGCCCUCGGUACUGGCUUGAUCCGUCCCAUCCUUUUGCGAUCCUCGUUUAUUGGAGCACUUCUAGGGCUCUAUAAUCAUGAUGGCAGUAUUGAUGUUCCAGUUGAAGAUGCUAGCUUGGAAUGCAAAGAUGAAGAAGGCGCUAUUCCUCUUCACGAUGCUUGUGCUGGAGGCUUCACUGAGAUGGUCCAAUAUAUUCUCAACUUUGCUGCCAACAAGGAUGGUUGCGUAGUGAGAAUGCUAAACACUGUUGAUUCUGAAGGCGAUACACCGCUCCAUCAUGCUGCUAGAGGAGAACAUUUGGAUGUUGUCAAGCUUCUUAUCGAGGCUGGGGCAUCUCCCAAGAAGGAGAACACUUAUGGGCAGACACCCGCUGAUAUGGCUGACCAAGACACAGAAGUUCGAACCCUGUUGACUGCCAAGCAAAUUGAGGCAAGCACACACAUGAGUGAUAAUUGA